GCGGCUCGGAAGACAGUGCCCCCCAACAAGGCGGAGCCCAGCGGGUCCGCGAGUCCGAGACCUGUCCCAGGAGCUCCAGCACACGUGACCUACCGCCACCUCCUGCUCGCGCCAUGACCCAGCCAGUGCCCCGGCUCUCCGUGCCCGCCGCGCUGGCCCUGGGCUCAGCCGCGCUGGGCGCCGCCUUCGCCACCGGCCUCUUCCUAGGGAGGCGGUGGCCCCCAUGGCGAGGCCUGCGAGAGCUGCGCCUGCUUCCCCCCGAGGACAGUCCCCUGUGGCAGUAUCUGCUGAGCCGCUCCAUGCGGGAGCACCCGGCGCUACGAAGCCUGAGGCUGCUGACCCUAGAGCAGCCGCAGGGGGAUUCCAUGAUGACCUGCGAGCAGGCCCAGCUCCUGGCCAACCUGGCGCGGCUCAUCCAGGCUAAGAAGGCGCUGGAUCUGGGCACCUUCACGGGCUACUCCGCCCUGGCGCUGGCCCUGGCGCUGCCUGCGGAUGGGCGCGUGGUGACCUGCGAAGUGGAUGCUCAGCCCCCGGAGCUGGGGCGGCCCUUGUGGAGGCAGGCCGAGGCGGAGCACAAGAUCGACCUCCGGCUGAAGCCCGCCCUGGAGACCCUGGACGAGCUGCUGGCGGCGGGCGAGGCCGGCACCUUCGACGUGGCAGUGGUGGACGCCGACAAGGAGAACUGCGCCGCCUACUACGAGCGCUGCCUGCAGCUGCUGCGGCCGGGAGGCAUCCUCGCCGUCCUCAGAAUCUUAUCUCCACUGACAGAUGAAGGUCAAGUUCUUUCCACUGACACUGCCUCAGGCGGAAAUGCCAUUAGCCUAGAAUUCAAGCAGCCUUUGCCACCACCUGGUAAGCCCCAGUGAUGGAAGGUGCCCCUGGAGACUCCUGGAAGCAGGGCUAAAAGAGCCCCACAAGCUCACAGCUCCUGGGACAUACUUUGCAUUUUGGACAAUACUCGGGACACUGGCUGAAACCUACUCUUUUCUAACUCAUAAAAGCAUAUUAGGAUGCACAUGAGUGGAGGUUGAAUUUAAGCAGAACCUUGACAAACAGCUAACUCACUUGUGCCACGCCUCAGUCCAAAUUACUGUAGCCACUGCCCAAAACCACCCGUUAGCUAAGAGGCAGCAGUCUGAAUGACUAGGAUUUCUUUCUUUGGGGGACCACCAGCAGUGAUUAGUUACGUGGGUCUACUUCACACUACAAGAGUUGCUCUCAGGCCUAAGCCUGCAUGGACAUCUUUUCAUCCGUUUCUUCUCUUACCUUGCAAUAGGUCCUGACUCAGGCUGGCUCAGAUUCUGUCGCUUGAGUCAUGUGUGUCUGAAGGCCUUUCAGAGAACCCGAGAUUUCAGAGAUUCAUUCACAUGGGCCAUUCAAACCAGUCCCCUAGGAAAAACAUAGUGGGACCAGAGGGGGUCUUCGUGCCCCCAACUCUCUUGUGUGGAGAGCUUGCUCUGAUCUCUCACCAGCUUCUUCUCAACCUGCAAUUUUGUAGCAUGUAUCCUUUCUCGGGUGACGAGUCCCAUUUUUUUUUUUAAGUAGAGACAGUUUCUUCAUGUUGGUCAGGCUGGUCUAGAACUCCCGACUUGAGGUGAUUUCACCUACCUCAGCCUCCCAAAGUGCUGGGAUUACAGGCGUGAGCCACCGCGCCCAGCCAAAAGCAAGUUUAUUAAGAAAUUAAAGGAAUAAAAGAAUAACUACUCAAUGGGCAGAGCAGCCCCUUAUCCAUUUCUUAUCACUCAGGCUCCAUCAUUCUUCAGGUCUAUUAUUACAGAACAACUCUCCUCUCCAACCUUUAAUCAUAUCCUACAAAUUACCUCCUCCUAACAGAAAACUUGCUCUUUCCUACUUUUCCAGCUAGAACCACCUAUUAAUGUCUAAUUAUUGCCCAGAUGAAGGCCCAUGCCACACAGCCUAAAGGGGUUGCCUCUGGUCUCUUACCUACCACCUUUGUCAGUGUCUGCCUGGAAGGAAAUGAGUAAUGACCUCUCACAUUCCCUCAGGUUACCCUCACUGUCUACACCUUACUCCUCUCCUCUAUGCCUAACCCCUCUCAGCAAACAAGGGCCUAGUUUCCUAGAAGUACCCCACAGAGGUACGGUGUGCACGUUUAACUUCAGCACAUUCUCUUCAUUUUCCUUCCAAUGAUACAGUGCAAUUCUGCACAAACUUACAAACUGAAGAGUGUCAAAGCAUGUAUCCUCUUAUUGUAGUCUUGAAAAGCUCAUGGAAUUAUUCUAGGGACACAGAAGAUCCUGUGGCACAGAUUUAGGUAAAGAGCAAAAUGCUUACUGGAAAAAUUAAGUACUGGCUAGCUACCAGCGAGAUUUGACUGUAGCUGGCAAAUGUGGAACUCUGCAAAUACUUGGAGCCAUUAAUUAUGAAUACUUGUUUUAUUCAUAAUUUGUCAUGUUCUGGGAUACCAAAAGUAAUUCUAAUAAUGGCUGAACUUAAAAAAAUGUUAACCUCAUCUUAAAAUAUCCACUGAUCCAUCUCAUUCAAUGGUAAUAGUGAAUGUUUUCUAAAGGAACAUAAAAAACAAACAUGCACACAAUUGCACAGUUUUCAUAAAGGUCUAUUUCAUUAUUGGUGGGUAGCACAUUUAACAGUUAAAUACAUUUAAAUAAUGUAUAGGUGACUGCAGGACUGCAGCAUUGGUAA